AUGAACAACAUCACCAGCGGGCUUACAGCUGAGGCCAAGGGCAAUAUGCUUGCAAACCUCCAAAUCGAACUCAACUCGCGCAUUGAGAAGCUACGAGCUCAGUGCGAGGCUCAGUGCGCCAGUAUGCAGUCGCGCCUCGAGCGACGCGUCAACCGCAUCCCGGUCGUGACGCGCCAAACCACACUCGCCAACCUCCUCAAGGCAUCAGCACCAGUACGACUUAUUACCGCGCCUGCCCCACCAACCAAGGUCACAGAUACAACCGCCAUCACAACAACGACUACCACUACUGCCGCCACCAAGAAGACAGUUGGUACUGGUACUGCUGGCCGCAAACCUCGCAAUGCUGUACCCAGCGCGCCUUCUUCGCGACCCGCAUCCUCUCCAGAAGUGCGCAUUAAGUCCACUUCCACAAACAAGACUAUCAAUACCAAAGCUGUCCCCACAUAUGCCAAAGCAACAAAGACGGCCCGAGCAAAGAAGCGCAGCAGCGACGAGCUGUCUGGCGAGGACAAGGAAAACUCUGAAUUGCCUGUGCCCAAGAAGCGCACUAGAAAUGUUGCUCCCAAGGCCGCAACUGAGAAGGUUGAGAAGGCCGAGAAGACGACGACCACUGGCACCACACGUUCGACUCGGGCUGGAUCUCGCACCAAGCCUGCGGGCGGCCAUGUGCUCUCUCCCAAGACCAAUGCAGCCAACGUGCGCAAGCCUGCUCCUGCUGCACGUAGCGUCCGCCCCCGGUAGCGCCCUUAGAUGGAUAUGGUUACGCAGCAUUGGUUAUUUUGGCGUUUGAUGAUGAUACCCCUCUCGUUUUCGGCAUCUGGGCGGCGCUUUUCAAAGUUUUUGAUUGUUUUUUGUUUUGUUUUUCCGGAAUUUACUGGAUUUCUGGAUUUCUGAAUAUCCGGAUCUUUUUUACUUCUACUUUCACAUCAUGCCGACCGAGUUCGGCAGUUUAUUUCUCUUGGCCAUUGGCUUGAAUGAAGGAGUCUUCCCCCGUUCGAGUUCCAGCCGCCCGCAAGGGAAGGCUCUUACAGGGGGGAUUUCCGGAACACAGCCGGGUUGGAGGAGAUAUAUCUUGCUGGGACUCGGAGGAAUGUAGGGUUUGCGCUUCGCAUUGUGUAUUAGUUUUGUUGUUUUUGUUUUUGUUUG